AUGGAUCUCUCUUCACUACACUCCAAUUCUCCUAUUCAACAAGAAGAAGACGAGUGGGAUACUGAAGGAUUUGUGAUUCCGAGUCUUGGAAUUGAAGAGUCUGAUCAAAGUAAAGAAAAUGUUGCAAGCAUAGAACCAUCAAAUUCUGCUGCAAAGGUGAAGAAGGAAGAGAACAUCUAUCUUGGCCCACACGGGGCGCCUCCUUCACAAUCAAAACAGAAGGAAGAGGUAAAUUUAUCAAACCGGAAGCAGCGGUUCAAGCAAAAGUUGAAAGAAGCCGAUAAGAAAAAGAGUGGGACAGGUAGGGAGAAUAAGUUGGAUAACUUAAGGGAGCUUGUGGGUGCGGGGAAAGCAAAUCCCAGCAUGGUAAAGAGAUCCUCUCCUAAGGACUGGUUAGAUCCACAUUGCCAUGAAGCUGAGUUUGAGAGGAGGUGA